GUGGCUGUGACUUGUCCAUUUUUAGGUAUACCACCUUUCGAGCUACCACUCACGGCCCUGGCGUUUGAAACACGACGGACAAGGAAGGUACAAGGGAAAUGCAAACGAUUGUCUGCAGGUCGUAGGAGCUUGGACAGCGACGCAGUAGACAGGCUCUGGGUUCCAUUCAUCGUCACUCAAUAAUACCUGUGUUCGGCAACAAAAUUGCCUUCACCAGCCUCAACAUUGAACGUCAAACAUCGAGAACAACAUCAAACACCGGCAGCACGCCUCUGCAGACGCCACGACUGGAACAAAGCCAAAGCCUACAGCCAUGACCACAUCUCCCGCCCCUCCUCCGCCGCGGCGGCGCAUCGUGGGCGUCUCGACAAAGAUGUACUUCUCCGCGUCCCGCACCCGCGCCUACGUCGACGCCCUGCUCGCCAUCAUCGCUCGGAACCCAGACCAGUACCGCGCCGUCGCCGAGAGGUGCGACGUGUUCCUCAUCCCGGACCACGUCACCCUCGCCGGGGUGGUGGCGCAGAUCGACAGCUUCCCCGAGUGGCCCUCAACCUCAUCCUCAACCUCAUCGUCAUCGUCACUGUCGACACCAGCGGGGCCAGCGAAACAGGGGGAAGUACCAAGGAAGAUCCUCCCCGGCGCACAGGACACCUUCCACGAGGACGCCGGCGCGUACACGGGCGAGGUGUCCCCCGCCGUGCUGGCCGAGGUGGGCUGCCGGAUCGUGGAGCUCGGCCACGCCGAGCGCCGGCGCAUCUUUGGCGAGACGGACGCCGACGCCGCGGCCAAGGCGGCCGCCGUGGCGCGCAACGGCAUGGUCCCGCUCGUCUGCAUCGGGGAGCGCACGCCGCCCAAGACCGCUCCCCCCCAAGAUAGUAGUGGAGAUGCAGACGCGUCAGAAGCGAAAGCAUACGAGGCCGCCAUCGCCGCCGCCGCAGAGGAGUGCCGCCCGCAGAUCGAGGCCGUCCUGGCCGCCGUCCCCCGCGACGCCGACGUCAUCCUCGCGUACGAGCCCGUCUGGGCCAUCGGCGCCGCCGAGCCCGCCUCCGCGGCGCACGUCGUCGGCGUGACCCGGCACUUCCGCCAGAUGAGCUGCGUCAGGGCCCGGCCCGAGGGCAGCCUGCGCAUCUUGUACGGCGGGAGCGCGGGGCCGGGCUUGUUUGCGAAGCUGGCUGCCUCGUCCUCGACGUCAUCGGCAUCCUCGACGUCAUCGGCAUCCUCUUCGGAACGGAAUGCGGACGGGGGAGGCGUGGACGGGUUGUUCCUGGGCAGGUUUGCGCAUGAUCCGGAGCAGUUCUGGAAGACGAUACUCGAGGUCGCUGAGGCGUGAAACUACUGCUGCUGUUAUCGACGUAGGAAUGUAAACUUGACUGAUUUAGUGGUCAAUAGUCGACAAGCUCAGGUUCCGGGGUACCGUAGGCAGUAGA